AUGCUAAGAGUGGUCAGAAACGUGAAAUUCAAGACAAAUGUCAAUUUCGUGUCAUCUAGGAACAUAACCAGUCAGACUAUUGAUGAAUGGAACAGCUUGAUAUCAUCCAGAGGCUUCACUGCCAGAGACGAUGAAACCAAAGUAGGUCCGGAUAACAUUUUGCUGGGAACAACAUUUAUAGCUAAGGACAAUAUAGCUACUACAAAGGAACCAACAACGUGUGCCUCUUGUAUGCUUGAUAAUUAUUAUAGUCCGUUCGAUGCCACUGUAAUAUCCUUAUUGGAAGAACAAGGUCUGACUAUGGUUGGAAAAGCCAAUUUGGAUGAAUUUGGUAUGGGGUCUGCCAAUGUUAAUUCGUAUUAUGGGCAUGCUGUUAACCCGUUAUUUACAGAAGAGGAGCAUAUUACUGGUGGUUCGUCGGGGGGAUCGGCAGCUAGUAUACAAAGUGAUUUAGCAACGUUUAGUCUUGGUACAGAUACUGGAGGCUCGGUAAGAUUGCCUGCGAGCUAUUGCGGUAUUGUAGGUCUUAAACCAACUUAUGGAAGAAUAUCUAGAUGGGGUGUGAUUCCUUAUGCUCAAAGUCUAGAUACUGUUGGGAUUUUAGCGAAAGAUGUCGAAACUGUACAGAAGGUUUUCAAGGUUUUAGAUAAACAUGAUCCUAAAGACCCUACGUCAUUACCAACCGAGUUUAGAGAGGAAUUAAAGAAGGAGAAACAAAAGUAUCAGAAAAAUAGGUCGCAAUUGGUCUUUGGAGUUCCUGAUGAGUUUUUAGUUGCAGAAUUAUCGCAAGGGACAAGAGAGCAUUGGCUGCACAUGCUAAGUACAAUACAAGAUAUGGGCCAUAUAGUACGGAGAGUAUCUAUACCAUCUAUCAAGAAGCUGAUCCUGGCAUACCUCGCCUUAGCUACGGCGGAAGCAUCCUCGAAUCUUUCUCGUUACGAUGGGGUACGAUUUGGGUUUAAUACCAAUAAUUUGAAAGAUUCACCCCUCGAGCUUAUAGCAGAAAACAGGAGUACAUCCUUGGGUCUUGAAGUCCAAAGAAGAAUAAUCCUUGGUAAUUAUACUAUGUCGGCAGGCUCUGGAAAUCAUUACUUCAAGGCAACCGAUGAGCGCCGAGAUAUCGUUGAAGACUAUAACGAAAUAUUGAAUUUUCCAAAUUUAUUGAUGAAUGAACCUGGUGAGUCUCUGUCUGAAAAAUGUGAUAUUAUUGUUACUCCUACAGCUAUGAGUGGCCCAUUGAGCGUGGAAGAAUAUUUACGUCAUGAUAGAGAGAACUUUUUAAAUAGUUACGUGAAUGAUAUAUUGACAGUUCCCGCUUCAUUAGCAGGAAUGCCAGCUAUAUCUAUACCAUGGAAUACACCGGGAACGGAUUCAUCUAUUCCACAGGGAAUGCACCUAAUGGCUCAAUUUGGUGAUGACCACUUUCUUCUUGAUUUUGCCGCAGAAUUGAUGAAAGUGAAUAGUACUACAUAG